AUGUCUGAAGAGCAGAAGGAAUGGAGAGGUCCAUCCUGCUUCAUCUUUGCAGACCUCCAGCUGGGUCUGCAAAGGAGGGAGGGGGACUGUGACAGGGGAGGGGACGAGUGGGCCGAAGAGGUCCAACUGACCCAGCAGGCUGUGGAGGCCGUCAACAAGCUGUGCCGCAGGCCCAAGUUCAUGGUGCUGUGUGGGGACAUGGUCCAUGCAAGUCCAGGCACCCCGUUCCGGGAGGGGCAGGCGCGGGACUUGAAGGUGGCUCUGAGGGGUACAGACCCCUCCAUCCCUCUGGUGUUUGUCAGUGAGAACCAUGACCUGCGUAACACACCCACCCCGGAGACUGUAGCCCAGUUCUGCAACGCCUGGGGAGACGACUACUCAGCUUCUUGGUGGGUGGCUAGAGUGAGCUGUACUGUAAUCCCAACCCAGCUGUUCUUCGGUGUGUCAGCCUGCCCGGACCGGGGAGACGUCCAGGAGGCCUGGUUAGAGGGCCAGCUGCAGAAGGCCUCCCAGGGGCUUGGGAUCACUCCCAAACAAGCCUUUAAUUUUAGUAAUUUAACUUGA